AUACAGGCCACAGCAAUCAGCAACAAAGCCACCAUAUGGCUGGAGUGUUCAGUGGCCUGUAGAGCUGAAACUUGCACAGAACCUUCCAUUGUCCCAUCCAGCUAUACUACCUCUGAUGCAGUUAUAUCGUCUGAAGUGGUUUUCAUUGUAGAGAUCUCUCUGACAUGCUCUAAUGGGGCACAGAAUGCUGCACUUUAUGCAGAUGUGAAUGGAAAGCAGUUCCCAGUCACCAGAGGCCAAGACAUUGGUAAAUAUCAGUGA